CUCUCUCUCAGCCUCCAUAAAAGCCAUAUCCUCCCUUCCCCCACUCAUCAAGCCCCUCAAGCACCACUCCUGCAUUUGCAAAUCACCUAAGCUAAACACGGCCAUCCACAUAUCAAGAACUACAAAGAUGAUCAGACAGGCUCUCUUUGUCCUUUCAGUUGUACUUGUUUUUCUCUUCCAUAGCGUUACAAUUUUAGCCCAACCGACUGCGGCUCCAUCACCACCCGUUGUUGCUCCAGUUCAACCAACCACUCCCCCAACUGCACCCGCUAAACCACCAACCCCGGCCGCCACGCCCCCAACCCAGCCAGCAAAUGCCCCAGUCCAGUCUGCCCAAGUCCCCAAACAAAAAGGUCCUACCGACAUCAUCAAAAUCCUAACGAAGGCUCAUGGUUACUCGGUAUUUAUCCGCCUAUUAAAGAGCACUGGAGUGGCAGGACAACUAUUCGGGCAGCUCAACAAUUCAAACAUUGGGUUUACCAUCUUUGCUCCAGUAGAUAGUGCAUUUUCAAACCUCAAAGCAGGCACUAUAAACUCUUUGUCUGACCUACAAAAGACAGAAUUAAUACAAUUUCACAUCUUGAAUACCAUGGUUGCUUUGUCAAACUUUCAGACCUUGAGCAAUCCAGUGCCGACAGAGGCUGGAGAUGCUAGCGAUGGUGAGUUCCCGCUAAACGUGACCACUGCCGGCAAUCAAGUGAACAUCUCAACUGGCCUUGUGAAUACCACAUUGGGUGGUACAAUAUAUUUAGAUAACCAGCUUGCUAUAUAUCAAGUGGACAAAGUACUUCUUCCUCUUGACAUUUUUUCUCCUAAGCCUAAAGUAGCAGCAGCCCCCAAACUCUCUAAGCCAGAUGCUGCAGACAGUCCAUCUGGGGGUGUUGAUGUCGCUGCCAAAGUGGAUGCGUCUGGUGCAAUGUGCCUUCGUAGGAAUGGAAUGUUGCUAUCCAUAGGAGUUGCUAUGGCUGCAUUCUUUAUGGUGAAAGGAACUUGAGGGCGUUGAAGUAUUAACUGGAUUUUUUUUUUUUUUUUUUUUUUUAGUGGGGUCCCAUUUUUAUCUUCUUGCAUGAUUGUGUGCUUUCAAAAAUAAUUGCCAAGAUCUUUCCUCAUCCCAUAUGCAGGAUCAUAUUUUCCUUUUGUAUUUUUCUAUUGUAUCCAUGUUAUGGACUAAUUUUGAGAUUUCUUUUUAAGCUU